UUUCAUAGUGUUUCUCUCAUGUUUCUCUCUAUAUCUGUGCACGGUCGAUGAUAUGUCAUUUUUCGUUUUCGAAAAUUACAAUUUUGUUUUUUAAUAAGUGUUGAACACGCAUUAAAUAAUAAGGUUUAGAACAAAAAUAUUAUAAAAGUGAAAAUGUCAAUCUUAGCUUACAAUGGAGGAGCGGUGGUCGCAAUGAAGGGUAAGGACUGCGUGGCCAUUGCCACAGACAAGCGCUACGGUAUACAAGCUCAAACAGUAUCGACAAAUUUUCCAAAGGUCUAUCAGAUGGGACCCACACUUUUUGUCGGUCUCCCCGGCUUGGCUACCGACACACAGACAGUCUAUCAGAGACUUAAAUUCAGAAUGAACCUCUAUGAGCUGAAAGAAAAUAGGAUAAUGAGGCCCAAGACAUUCUCAGCGAUGCUCUCAAACUUGCUUUAUGAGAGACGUUUUGGACCCUACUUCAUUGAGCCAGUGAUUGCUGGUUUGGAUCCCCUAGAUAACACACCUUACGUCUGCAAUAUGGAUCUGAUUGGCUGCCCUAAUGAGCCUGAAGACUUUGUAGUGUCAGGCACUUGUACAGACCAGUUGUAUGGUAUGUGUGAAGCUUUAUGGGAGCCUGACCUAAAGCCAGAUGAACUUUUUGAAACUAUUUCACAGGCUUUAGUAAAUGCAGCAGACCGUGAUGCUAUAUCUGGUUGGGGUGCAGUGGUAUACAUAAUUGAGAAGGAUAAGAUCACCGAAAAGCAUGUCAAGACUAGAAUGGAUUAGGGUUAUUGUAUUACGAUAUAUGCUUUAUAAAUAAACUAUCAAAAAUAA